AUGGACCGCCAGCCCCGUGCCCAGGACGGGGAGAUGGAGGGCCGACGGAAGCGCCACCUCGUCGACCACGAGAUGAAUCCGCGGGGGAAGAAGAGGAUGAGCACCGACGACGAUCCGCGUGCCGGCGGAGCGUCCAGCUCAAACGCGAUGAGUUCAGAUGCGUUGGCUGAGAAGGUUCACGCGGAGGGCGAGAUGACCGACGAAAGCGCCGCGUCUGCUACACUGGCGCGGUCUCCACCGUCCUCACCCAGCGCUGCCCUAUCCGAGGAGUCGUCCACCUACUCCCUGCCCCAGGAGAUGGUAGACAGAUUGAAGCAAAUCAUGGCCAAUCAUGAGGCGGACGAGCAGUUGCAAAUUCAAAGAGACGCCGAGCUGUCCAAACUUACGGUGGAGAGCGAUUUUUGCGACAUUGAUGACGGCAGUUCCCGGAGUUGUAAAGCUCGGAAGGUGGCUGUGCUAGCUUCACGGUCUGUUGUUGGUCUCUCUUCAUUUUCAGAUGAAAAGAGGAUAAGAGUUUGCUCAGGAUUCGUGAUAUCAUCCGAUGCUUGUACAGAUACCUACAAAAUCUUAACUUCGGCAACACUAAUAAGGUCUCUUAACACGAAUAACAUUUUGAUCCCAGAUGUAAAGAUCAAGGUGUGUUUACCAAAUGGGGAUAUCUCUGAUGGCGUCAUAUCCAUGGUAGAUUUUCACUAUAACAUAGCAGUUGUUAAAGUGAAAUCUGACCAGAAACUUCCAGAGGCAGUUCUGAUUAGUGAAGUUAUCAAAAGAGGAGCCGUGUUAGCGAUUGGACGUUUCUAUGAUCAUGGUAGAGUGAUGUGCGCACAAGGUAAAAUCAGAAAACAAGCAAGUACAUUCGAUUGCUCAGAGCUUCUAGUAUCAAGCUGCCAGACGACCAUGGCGGGUGUUGGUGGUCCCCUUGUAAAUUACAGUGGUGAUGUUGUGGGUAUCAAUUUCUACGGAGAAAACCACACGCCCUUUCUUUCAACGGGAGUUAUUGUAAGAUGCUUGGAACAUUGGAGAAAAUAUGGAAAAAUAAUUCGACCUUGGUUUGGAAUCAUGUACAAGCCUAUUGAUAUGUUGCCACUUCGUGUUUUGGAGAAAUGUGCAUAUAUUGGCAAGGGUUUGUAUAUUUCAGAUGUGGCCGAGGGAUCACCUGCCGAUGUAGCUGGGGUUUGUGUUGGUGAUGUUUUGGUCGAAUAUGCUGGAGAAGUUAUCUGUAGUGCUCCAAAGUUUGGUGCAAUGUUGAUGGAUAUGUGUGAGGAAACACUCGAGGCAGAUACUUUAAGAAGCAACGUGAUUAUUGAGGUCAUUUUAAGAAAUCAAGGGGAUGGCAGCAUAGCGAGGAAGACGUUGCAUGCUGAUGCUUUAAGCGAGUUCAAUUACUAUAGGUGGUGUAUCAUUUUCUCUGUAUUGUGGAGUUAA